CUGACUGACUGACCUGACGCUGACGCGACUGUGGCGAGAACGGCGAGAAGUUUAGAAAAUAAUUCAUAAUUAUUUGAAACAAAAUUGUUAACAAUAACAACAUAUUUGCUGGAUUAAUUAAUAAGACAAAAAACGAACAACGAGCAUUCUCAGAAAUUUCUCGAUUCUCUAGAAUUGCGAUUCAUCAAUCAAGUUGACAUUGCUGCUAGUAUCCUAGUUAUCUUAGUUAAAAGAAUGUCGCUCAGGAGUGUUGAUGAGAUCAAACUCGAUAUCGACGAUCUUGAGGCCCUCCUCUUUCAGGCUAAGCGUCAAAAAACGAAAGACCUACUUAGCCUAGAGGUACGAAAACUGCAAACAGAACUGAUAAAGCUCAAGGACACUGAGAGAAAUGACAAUGAUUUAUCCAAGCCUAUUAUCACAAAUUCUGGUUCCAAAUGCUAUACCAUCAAAUUAACUAACUAUGCAUGGGACGAGUCAGACAACUUCAUGAAGCUGUACGUUACAUUGAAAAAUGUUCACACACUGCCAGCUGAAAACAUAAUUUGUGAUUUCAACGAGAGCUCCAUGCAUCUUCGUGUCAAUGGCCUCGACAACAAAAAUUACCAACUACCAAUUUCAAAUUUGUGUGCGGACAUAAAUCCUGGCAAGAGUUACACGAAAACUAAGACUGACAUGAUCGUUGUAUUUUUGGCUAAAAAAUCACCAAAACGUUGGUCACACGUCACUGGAAUCGAGAAAAGGAUGAAAGAGGCCAAGGCAUCACCAGCACCUGAGUUGGGAGAUGACACUGAUGCAGACUCGAGUCUUAUGAAUUUGAUGAAGAAGAUGUAUCAGGAUGGUGAUGAUGACAUGAAGAGGACUAUUGCUAAAGCCUGGACUGAGAGCCAAGAGAAAAGGGGCUCUUCUGGAUUAGAUUUUCCAAAUGUGUAAAACCUCAUUUUCCAUUUUGUUCUAUUCUAUUCUAUUCUAUUCUAUUCUAUAUGAUGUUAUUUUUCAGCAAAAUAUAUUCAUCAUUUGCAUUUCGUUUGGAUUCGAGUUCUUUUGGAUGAUUGAUCAUAUUAUAGAAUAACUAAUAAUCGAUACAAGAAUCAAAGUUGUUUUUCUUCAGAAUGUGGCAAUUUAUUUAUUACAAAUGCUCACUCUUGUCGUCAUUCAUGUUUUUUCUUUCUUUAUCCCUUUUAAUCCAACAAAAAAAUAUGGGACACAAAUCAUUUUCACAUCUACAAAUAAUAUUUUAAUUCAAUUAUUGAAAUUUCAAACAAUCCACUUGUAUAAAAUUCGAAAAAUGAGUACAUGAGUAUAAUAAAUAAGUAAAAUUCAAGUUGAUGGAAAUGUUUUGAAUACACACUAGUAGUACUACUUGUAAAGCCAAGUACUUGCUAUUUGCUAUCACUUGUCAUAACAAAAUAGAAAUCAUCAGAGAGGAACAAUACUGAAUACACAAAGUAUGGCGAUAAAAUUUGAGUUUCGAGAUGACAAUAAUCAUCUUUCAUGUAAAUUACCAUUAGUUGAAUACUAAUUCUAACGAGUACUUUUGAAAUUAUAAGUCAAGAUUUAAAAAAGAAAAUAAGAAAUAUAUCCACAUGGAAAUUAUCGUUGGUUGUACGUAUCACUGCAUAUAUCACCCUUCGAAUCAUCAAUAAUAAAUUAUCAAAAGCUGUUUUGUAAAAUGUAUAGUCAAGUCUUUGGUUUCGCCCGUCGGAUUUUCUAUGCAUUCUCUGUGUAUUACUGAGAAUGGAGUUUGCAUGAGACCGUUUGCUGGACUUGGCCACUAGAUACAUGGAAUACUUCCGUCAUUAUUGACUGCGUUCUCGCCAUCAGUGAUUCAAUGUCUUUGGGUCCCAAGCCUUUAGUGGAAAUUGGGGGUAAAGUUGUAACGAUGACGCGACCUUGAAAUAUGAAAACAAAACCUUGAAAACAAUACUGAGCGAAUAUUUAUAAUUUUCUAUUAUAAUAAAGAGAUGUUUCUAAAUCAUAAUGUAAUUACUAGACUAGAAUAUUCCAGAGAAAAUCAUUUACCCGGAUCGAAUUUCUUCUCGUUUGUAUUCAAAAAGUAAUAAGAUGAAAAUACGACAGGUAGAAUGGGCAAUUGGGAGUUGAUAGCCAUGUGAAAAGCUCCUUUCUUAAAAGGAUGAAUUUCACCAUCGUUGUGUCUCGUGCCUUCAGGGAAAAUCCAUAAUUUAAUCUGUUCGAAAACAAAUUGAUGAGUAAAUAAACAUAAAUUAAUUCAUGGCCAUGUAAUUUAAUAUAAUGAUUUGCAUUUGUA